AUGGCCGAGCUGCCGGGCGAGGCCUCCUGCCCCAUCUGCCGGGAAUAUUUCCGCGAGCCCGUGUCCAUCCACUGCGGGCACCACUUCUGCCGCCCGUGCAUCGAGCGCCGCUGGGAGCGGCCCGCGGCGGAAUUCGCCUGCCCGCGGUGCCGGGAGGCGGCCCCGCAGCGGAGCCUCCGCCCGAGCCGCGAGCUGGAGCGGGUGCUGGAGAUCGCCCGGCGCCUGAGCCGCGGGGCAGCGCUGGCAGCCCAGGAGGAGGAGGAGGAGGAUGAGGAGGAGGAUGAGGAGGAGGAAGGCUGCCAGAAGCACCGGGAGCCGCUGGAGGUUUUCUGCAAGGAGGACGGAGCUCUGCUGUGCGCGAUCUGCCGCGAGUCGCGGGCGCACCGCGCGCACACGGUGCUGCCGCUGCCGGAGGCCGUGCGGGACUACGAGGAGCAAAUCCAGGCGCGGCUGCAAACCCUGGAGGACUCCCGGGACAAACUCCUGCAGCUCCGGGAGGCUGAAAUGAGGAGAAACUGGGAGUAUUUGGAGCAGACCGGCGAGCGGCGCCGGGUCCUGGCCCGGUUCCGAGGGCUGGGCCUGGCCCUGGAGGAGCUCUGCGGGCGCCUCCUGGCCCGGCUGCGGCGCCUGGAGCGCGGCAUGGCCGAGGCGCAGGAGGAGAAGGUGACGAGGCUGACGGAGGAGAUCUCCCGGCUGGAGAGCCGCGUCCAGGAGCUG